AUGAGCUCCUACUCGACGGACGCGUCGCCCAUGUUACCGCAGUCCGCACUCACCCAAGCAGCUGCUGCUGCUGCCGCUGCCAUGCCGUUCGGUUUUGGAAGCGGCAGUGGCGGCAGUGACGCGCUCGACGCGACGGAGUUCCCCGUCCAGCUGCCGCUAACCCCGACGUUGUUGCGCAACUUAGGCGACCGGUCCUACGACAAGCGUAAAGGCGCGGCAAUGGAGCUGGAGAACCUGAUCAAGCAGCUGCAGGAGAACGCCGCGUCGAUCGAGUUCCACCAGCAACACCAGCAGCAGCUCCACGUGCAGUACGACUCGCCCCUUGCCCGGACCAUUACUGAGCCAUUGUCAGCUGCAUCCGGCACGGAGAGCGACAGUUUUGACGGCGUGUCGUCGGUAGCUGCUACGGCUUCUGCAGCAGCAACUGAAGCAGCUGCUGCAGCUGCUUUGAAUCCUAGUCGGCAGCGGAUUCCGGCUAUUAUUGAGCUCUUGGGCAAUGACUUUGCGUGCUCGUCGAACGCCAAUCAUCGCAAAGGAGGCUUGAUUGGCCUCGCUGCGACGGCCAUUGGCCUUAUGCAUGACGCGCACUUGUAUUUGGACAAACUACUACCUCCAGUAUUGCACUGCUUUGAUGACCCGGAAAGUCGCGUGCGCUACUACGCGUGCGAGUCGCUGUACAACAUUGCUAAAGUCGCGAGAGGACAUAUUUUGCAGUACUUUAAUCCAAUUUUUGAUGGGUUGUGCAAAUUGUUUGCUGACGUCGACGUUGACGUGAAAAACGGCGCGAACUUACUUGACCGAUUGGUGAAGGACAUUGUGACGGAAAGCGAGUACUUUGACGUCGAUGUGUUUAUCCCGCUGUUGCACAAGUACAUUCGCAUGACGAAUCCGUACAUUCGACAGCUCUUGGUCGGCUGGAUCACGGUCUUGGAUUCUGUGCCGGAUAUUGAUAUGCUGGAUUGGCUGCCUGAGUUUUUGGACGGUUUGUUCAACAUGUUGAGUGACGGCAAUCGUGAGAUUCGACAGGCAGCGGAUAGUGCAUUGGCAGAGUUUUUGCGGGAAAUUAAGCAGACAGAAGAUGUCGAGUUUGGACGCAUGGUGGAUAUCCUUGUUGGGCAGUGCAACAGCAAAGAGCGGUUCAAUCGACUGACCGCUGUGAGCUGGGUGCACGAGUUUGUCAACCUAGGGCGCGAGAAGCUUGUGGAGUUUUACGCUGAUCUACUGGCUGCCAUUAUGCACUGCAUCUCAGACGCAGAGCAUGAGAUUCGACAGGUGGCUGAGCGCGCCAAUGACGACUUGCUACAGCUAGUAAAGUCAACAGCAGAAGACGUGGAACUGCUGCCGCUCAUGCAGAAACUCACGUUGGAGCUUAGUAGCGAUCAUGUGCCUACGCGGAUGGCAGCAUUGCGUUGGAUUUCAAUGCUACUUGAAAAGUAUCCUAACCAGCUUUCCGCACAUAUUGGCCAACUGCUACCCGCCCUGCUUCGGACACUGUCGGAUAUCUCCGACAGUGUGGUGUUGCUGGACUUGGAAGUGCUUGCUCGCAUUUCGCUCAACAAGUUCGAGUUUGAGAAAGUGCUUAAUGCGAUCUUGCUGCUUUUUGCACAAGAUCGACGUUUGCUCGAGGUGCGUGGCAGCAUGAUCGUGCGAAAGCUGUGUGUGUUGUUGGACUCGAAGAGCAUUUACCUCAUUUUUGCCAAGGUGCUUGGCACAGAAGCUGUCUACCUUAAUAGUCAAGCUGACAGCGAGUUUGCUGCAGUCAUGGUGCAAACGCUGAACCUCAUAUUGCUGACCGCAAACGAGCUGGAACACCUUCGUGAUGUCUUACGUCGCAGUUUCCAACCCCGCGCAUCGGAAGACGACGUCAAAGUGUUCACGGCGCUGUUCCGGUCGUGGUGUCACAAUCCUAUCGCAGCAUUCAGCCUUUGUUUACUGGCCCAAUCUUACACACUAUCGGCAGCACUUAUCAGCAAGUUUGCGGACAUUGACGCGUCCGUCGGGUUCCUCAUGCAAAUCGAUAAACUCGUGCAGCUGCUGGAAUCACCAAUCUUCAUUCACAUGCGACUGCAGCUUCUUGAAAUUCAGGAAGACUAUCACACGAAUCUGGUGAAGAGUCUGUACGGGCUGCUAAUGCUGCUACCUCAAAGUGCCGCCUUCCGGGUGCUGCGGGACCGGCUCGCGAGUGUGACAAGCAUGACUACAGCUAUCGGCCACAUAAACUUGAAUGACGACUCACAUCGACUACAAAAGAGUGGAGAACCGCCUUUGAUUGCGUCAAGUAUGGAUGAGUCUGCACCAGAUGCUUCUCGCAUUAAUGCAAGUGCGCUCCUCGCUCGCUUUGAACAUGUUCAAGGGAGGCACACAGAGCUUCGAAGAGAAGGAAUGUACGAGAAAUCACUCACGAAGGAACAAAGUGGAGUUAGUACCUAA